UGUCACGGACGCGAAUACAGCAGCUCAACAUUUGAGAAUACAGCUUAGCUUUCUGCAUCCACAUCCUCCUAGAGAUACAAUCAUAACAUCCCAUAAUUACAUUUAUCGCCAUUUUAUUCUCCACUGGACAUUGAUGAAUUUGCCUCAACGGUUGCCGUAGCGGUCCAUCCGAUCGUUAUUGCUCUUAUUUCCUUCCUUCCUUCCUUCCUUCCCGCAUCCAAAGACAGAUCUACGCUACAAGAUGGCUGAGUUGAAUUUGGGGAAGGGGCUGACCGCAGGAAAAGUGGCCAGCAACGUUCAGAAAAAACUGACGAGAGCCCAAGAAAAGGUUCUUCAGAAGCUUGGCAAAGCUGAUGAGACCAAAGAUGUUGCUUUCGAGGAAGAAGUGAUCAACUUCAACAAACAAUAUACUGAAGGCAGCAAACUGCAAAGAGACCUAAGGGCAUACCUGGAAGCAGUAAAAGCCAUGCACGAGUCCUCCAAAAACGUGCAGGCGUGUUUGGCUGACAUGUAUGAGCCCGAGUGGUACGGCAAGAAGGAGGUGGAUUCCAUUGUGGAGGACUGCGAUGUGCUGUGGACUGACUACCAUCAGAAGUUAGUCGAUCAUGCCCUCAUCUCCAUGGAUACUUACCUGGGCCAGUUCCCUGAUAUCAAGGCACGUAUAGCUAAGAGGGACAGGAAGCUGGUUGAUUACGACAGUGCCAGGCACAACUAUGCUACCACACACAAGACCAAGAAAAAGGACGGGGGCAUUAAAAUCACCAAGCCGUCGUCCUUGUUGGAGAGGGCCACUCCAGGUUGGGCUCAGGGUAUCUUGUCAGCACACAAUGUUGCCCAGAGCAGUCUGUCCAGGAGCCAGGCUGAAGAGGAGUUGGAGAGAGCCCAGAAGGUGUUUGAGGAAAUUAAUAUUGACUUACAAGAGGAAUUACCUUCUCUCUGGAACAGUCGCGUUGGGUUCUAUGUCAGCACCUUUCAGAGUUUGGCUGGUUUUGAGGAGAAGUUUCACAAGGAAAUUGGCCGGUUGGAUCAGGAUUUGCAUGACGUCUUGAUUACGUUGGAGGAUAGAGGCACGGAGCCAGCAAGCAGAAAGACAGAAACCCGCGGCGCCUCAUCGUCAGGAACAAAUAGGAGUGCGAGUGGAAGAGAAGCAUCUAACCACAGUCUCAGGCCAGGAGGACCACCGCCAAUCCCCAAAUCCCCAUCCAAGCUGAGGCCUGCAGUCCCCCCUCCACCCAAGGUGACCCCAUCUCAGGAGUUGAAAACAGAAAACAUCAUCAGCAUGUUUGAUGCUGCAGCUACUCCUGAUAUCAGCGUCACCUCCCCUACAGAGCCUGCAAACUGGGACUCAUGGCAUGAGGAGAGUGAUGCCCAGGAAGAGUACACCGAGCCACAUUAUGACCCAGUCAUUGCUGCUGUAAAUGCCUGGGGGGAUGAUGGUUCGCAGCCUGUCCGCUAUGACCCCAUAGAAGCUGCCAAAGACGGCUGGGGGGAUGAAGGAACAGUACCAGUUUGCUAUGAACCCGUGGCUCCGGUUCAGGAGGUAGGGGGGAAUGAAGCUAAUAACUAUCCUGAGGCUGAAGCCCAGGAGGACUGGGGUGAUGACGGCGGCCAACCAGGCACAGAGGAGGUGGCCGCCCCAGAGGAGGAAACCCCAGCAGCUGAGUCUCCCAUUGAUGCUGCUCUGGAAGAAGCCACACCUGCUGCUGCUGCUGCUACUGCUGCUGCUACUGCUGCACUGGAUGAUGAAGAGGGUCAGGGUGAAUCUGCAGCAGCUGCUGCAACACCAGAGGAAGAAGCUCCAGCAGAGGAAACGCCUGAAGUAGCGGCAGCGCCUACAGAAGUAGCAUCAGAGCCCGAAGAAAUGCCACCUGGCUUUUUGUUCAAGCUCCUGGUGAUGCAUGAUUACGCUGCCAAUGACACAGACGAACUGGAGAUGAAGACUGGUGAUGUGGUGCUGGUUAUCACCUUUGAAAACCCUGACGAACAGGAUGAUGGGUGGCUGAUGGGAAUGAAGGAGGACGACUGGAAGCAGAACAAAGAAAAUGCCGCUACAGGAGUAUUCCCUGAAAACUUCACCCAGAGGCUGUGAGGAAGGAGAACAGGACGUCAUUCCAGCUUCCUUUUCAUAUUUCUCUUCCUCUUGCCUCAAUCUUUCCUAUCCUCUCUUGCCCUGAUAUUAUCUUUCCUAGGACUUUGGCCAUAGAAGCAGAGCUGUCACAGCCCUGGCUGAAAUCGUGCAUUUCUAAGGUCUGCUACACUGUGCUAAAAGUGGAUCUUGGCAUUUCUGUGGAUUUCUGCCAAACUUUACAGUUACAGAAGUGGCCAUUUCACUGGUAUCCCUCUUUGUUGUCUUGCUUUUGCUACACCUCACAGGAUGAGUUGAUUUGAGAUUCCUGAUCGCGCAAGAAAGAUGCAGGGAUAGUUGCCUCUGCAAUGGCUACUGCUGCAAUUGCCUCAUAUCGUUUUAUCUUAGUCAUGUCUCAUCAUUAACUUUCCUUGGCCUAUUUCACCAACUUAACAGAGAAAAUGUCUUUUGAGCGGUGCUUUUGCUCAUCUGAUACCGAGAGUACAGUGUAAAAUUAUGAAGUCAACGCCAAGAGUAGCAAAGUUGCCCUUCAACAAAUGUAGUUAUUAUAGUUAUAAGCCAGGCUGACAGAAAGCUGAGCUGAGUCCUGUUUAGCAACAUUCCCCAAGGAGAGUAACACGUUGAACAGUAAAAACAAAUCCUUUCUGCCAAUUAUACCCCAGUCACACUGCAAAAAUUGACCUGAAAUUGACACUCAAAAGUGAUCUGUUUCAUUUUGAAAAGUCAGCUUUUUGAAAACCAACAUGGCUCAGUUCAAAAUUUUGUUUCAAAACAAAACUCCUCAUCUCUUCCCCGACAUGAUUUGACAUAAAGAUGAUUUGCUACCACUAUUUGUUCACUGAUAUUUGUUCAAAAAGAUGAGUCCAUAAACACAAAAUAAUUAGGAAAUGAUCUAAGUGACAAAAAGUAGCAAUAUCAUCAACAACAGGGAUUGAAUUUAGCCACUCAUUAAUGUGAGUGGGUAGUUGAAACUCAUUUCUAUUUUUGGCAAUGGUCAUUUUUAGCCGGGUGUAGCCAUUAUGUCCAUUUGCUACAUGCAGCAAGCUGGUAAACAUUUCAGAUUCUGUGCCAGUAUUUCUUGUUCACUGAUCCACAAUCUCUCUAAUUAGUGCUGGGGCUCUGCUGCUGUCACAAUGCCUUUUGGAAACAUUCAGCACAUAUUUUACUCCUACCUUAAUUAUCUUCCCGUGAAACCUUAGAACAUGGGCCCCUUGUUGUUGUCUUGGUUUAGAUCAAAUAGUGAUAGAUUAUAAACCUGUUGUUAAAAUCCAAACCAAUGCAUUUAACUGGCAUCUACUUAAAUACAGCAGGAAUUCAAUAUAAAAUGCUUUAAAACUCCCAACAAAAAUACUUUUUACAGAGCCCUAUAGAGUAGAAGAAAAAAACAACUGUUUCCAUCUUUGACAGUCAAGUUUUUUAAUCCUUGAUGUUUGACUUUGUGUAAAGUUGUGUGGAAUGGGCAUGUAAAAAAAUCUUUUCAAGGAUUUUUUUUCACAAGGGAUUCCAAAUAUGCAUUAGCCUGGCUCACCAAAAGCUGGACAAAAAAAAAAAACCGAAAAGAAAAAGACGCUGCUACUGGUAGUAUAAUAGUAAGGCAGAUAUGGUUGACCUUAAUGCUAAUCAAAUAUAUAUUAACUGAGCCAGCCUCAUUUGAAAAAAUGUGCCGAAAACAAAUCCUUGCAUUUGCAUUGAGACAACCUAACUCAAAUGCAGAUGUUUCAGAAUAUGCACCAGAGCAACUUCUUUUAUUUUUGUAUGCUGCCAAGCAAUGAUUACAUAUAGCCUAAUAUAUAUGUCAACCUAAUUGCCAACUUACUGUAGGAUGUUAUGGAGUGUUUUGUACUUCUGUCAGGUUUACUGCUCUCAACAUAGCCGCUUACUGUAGGUCAUCAAAACUAUCUCACAUGCAUCCAGUCACUGACUCAGAAGAGAUUCACAUUGCUCAUGAUGUUGUUAAUAAGUGUGCGAGAAAAUGGUUGUGUGCGGUUGUAUGUGUUUACGGGUUGUUUGAAAACAUAAAUUCUUUAUCUAUAGGCUAUUGUUAUUGGACGAUAUAUCACCACCACCUACCAGGGAAUGAGGUAAUUUCGGUUUACAGGAAGUUUUGGACAUCUCAAACGUAUUUGGGUUUGUUUCCAAUGGCUGGUAUUAUGGUUCCAGGUGUUAUUGUGCAUUUGUUGUGUAUAAGUGUAAUUUUGCCAAGCUGUGAUGACAGAUACAUAUUCUAUAAAGACAUUCAUAUCUGUAUGUGAGUUACUGUGAGCAUGCUGAAUUCCCAUGUGUUGUUGUGUGAACACCCUUAAUUUAAGACGAUGAUACUUGGGUCACUUUUGAGGCAGCUGAAACAGGCAAUUUUUUUAUUUUGUAUUAUUUAUUUUGUUAUUCCAAAUAGAGGGAGGGUGGGUGGUUAUAUAUAUGAUGUGUGUUUUUCCACCGCUCCCUCUCAAAUCAGUCGUGAUUAUAAUUGCUUGUGAUCCAUCAGCCUUGCCUCAAAAUGUUUCCAGGGUAUCGUGGUCCAAACAGACCUAAACAUGAUUACAUGGAGACAGGACACAUAGAGAACAUUUACAAACCACCAGACUCAGGUGGACACAUUUUUGUAAUGGUUUUCAGUAUUUUAAGAACUUGAGCUGUGCAUGAUUUUUUCAUAUGUAUUUGAAGAAGCCUCACAUGUGAGAACAUCACCUGCACAUUUAGGUCAACCACUUUCAUAUGUUUUAUUUUUAAACAUAUGUAAUAGCGUUUCCUCUGGGUCUGGUUCUCUAUUUGUCUGUAUGGAUAAUGAAGUCUCCUGUGAUGAGAUAUGGGAUACGACAAAAAGAUUUUCCUGUACCUAACUGACCAAUAAUA